UGAAUGGGGAGGGGGCAGACGGCGCGGAGCGCGGCGGCGGCGGGAGCGACGUCGAGUGUCUCCGCGCGCCAAUCUGUGGCUAGGUAGCCAAGCAGCCAGGCAGCCAACCAUGCUCAACUUCGGCUCUUCUCUCCAGCAGGCUGCGGAGGAAAGAAUGGAAAUGAUUAUGGAAAGGUCAAAAGAGAGUGUUUAUUCCUGGAAUAAAACUGCAGAAAAAAGUGAUUUUGAAGCUGUGGAAGCACUUAUGUCAAUGAGCUGCAGUUGGAAAUCUGAUUUUAAGAAAUACAUUGAAAACAGACCUGUUACACCAGUGUCUGAUAUGUCGGAGGAAGAGAAUCUGCUUCCUGGUACACCUGAUUUUCAUACAAUCCCAGCAUUUUGUUUGACUCCACCUUACAGUCCCUCUGACUUUGAACCCUCUCAAGUGUCAAAUCUGAUGGCACCAGCGCCAUCUACUGGACACUUCAAAUCAUUUUUAGAAACUUCCAAGCCUCACAUUGCUCCUUUCAAGGAGGAAGAUAAGAGCCCCAUACCUGCCCCCAGACUCCCCAAGGCUCAGGCAACAAGUGUGAUUCGUCACACAGCUGAUGCCCAACUGUGUAACCACCGAUCCUGCCCAGUGAAAGCAGCCAGCAACCUCAACUAUCAGGACAAUUCUUUCCGCAGAAGAACCCACCUAAAUGUUGAGGCUUCAAGAAAAAACAUACCAUGUGCUGCUGUGUCACCAAACAGAUCCAAAUGUGAGAGCAGCGCUGUGGCAGAUGUUGAUGACAAAGCAGGUGCUGCACUUUAUGACUUUGCUGUGUCUUCUUCAGAGUCAGUCAUCUGUAGGUCUCAGCCAGCUCCCAUGUCUCCACAACAAAAGCCGAUGUUGGUCUCUCCACCUGCAGUGUCAACAGGGGGAGUGCCGCCUGUGCCGGUCAUCUGCCAGAUGGUUCCCCUCCCUGCAAACAACCCUGUUGUGACAACAGUCCUUCCCAGCACUCCACCUGCUCAGCCCCCGGCCGUCUGCCCUCCUGUUGUGUUCAUGGGCGCUCAGGUGCCCAAAGGCGCAGUCAUGUUUGUCGUACCCCAGCCCGUUGUCCAGAAUCCCAAGCCUCCAGCAGUGAGCCCGAAUGGCACCAGACUAUCUCCCAUUGCCCCUGCUCCAGGGUUUUCCCCUUCUACGGCCAAAGUCACUCCUCAGAUCGAUUCAUCGAGGAUAAGAAGUCAUAUCUGUAGCCACCCAGGAUGUGGCAAGACGUACUUUAAAAGUUCUCAUCUGAAGGCUCACACGAGAACACACACAGGAGAAAAGCCUUUUAGCUGCAGCUGGAAAGGUUGUGAAAGGCGGUUUGCCCGUUCUGAUGAACUGUCCAGACACCGGCGAACCCACACGGGUGAGAAGAAAUUUGCCUGUCCCAUGUGUGAGCGGCGGUUCAUGAGGAGUGACCACUUGACCAAGCAUGCCCGGCGCCAUCUGUCAGCCAAGAAGCUACCAAACUGGCAAAUGGAAGUGAGCAAGUUAAACGACAUCACCCUGCCUCCAGCCCCUGCCCCCACACAGUGAUGGAUCAGAAGGUGAAGAGGCACAACCAACUCUGGUCACAGCCAGAAGCCAGUGGUGAUAUAAAAAUGCCUCCACUGCAGGUCCGUGGCCCUCCAGUGCGGGCUGAAAACAGCAGCCCCACAGCCUUGGGUGAAGGCCCAGCCUGGGUUAGAUGACAAGAUGUGCUGUGGCCACAGGCAGGUCACAGAAAGGCAGAUUUCAUUUCUUAUCACAUAAGAGAGAUGAGAAAGCUUUUAUUCUUUUGAAUAUUUUUUGAAGGUUUCAGAUGAGGUCAACACAGGUAGCACAGAUUUUGAAUUUCUGUGCUUACUUUGUUACUUUUCUUUUGCUGUAUAUACUUGAGACCAACUUUUCAAUGUGAUUCUUUUAAAGCACUGGUUUCAAGAGUAUAGAGACUGGGAAUAAACAUUACGGUACAGAGAUGGAGAUGUUAAAUUGGUUUGUAUUACUACAGAUACUGUUUUCUUUUACUAGAGUUAUCUUGUUUACUAUUCCAAGUCUUUCCAGUCAACUUCAUGGAUAUAGUUGCUAAGUACAUCUAGAACUAGCGUUUUUACACUAUUGCUGAUAUUUUGAAUUGAGCGGCUACUGUAUAUAUAGCUAGAGGGCCCCCAUAGUUGGAAUCCUCAUUAAUUUAAUUGCUUUGAAGUGUAGCUACAAUUUUUUUUUUUUUGCAUUUUUGUUUUGAAAAUUUAACAAAUAACUAUAUCUAGGCAUUUUAUUGUGCUUUGAACUUUAGUUUGCCUGCAGUUGCCUGGGUAGAUUUGAAAAUUGUAUACCAAUGUGUUUUCCUAGACUUAAGAUACACCGCACUUUGUUUAGAAAAAAAAUCUGAAGAUGAAAAUAUAUAUUGUAAAGAAGGAAUAUCAAGAAUGUUAGAGAACUCUUUGAAAAAGAUGGCUUAUGUCAUUAGUAAAGUGUCCUUAUGUUAUGAGGAUAGAAUGCGUGCUUUAUUGAAUUGGAAAAUUAGUGAUCAUUAUUCAUAAGUGGACAAAUAUGUCCUGUUAAUUUAUAGGAGUUUUUUGGGGGAUGUGGAAUUAGGUGAGUAGAAAAUUAUUAGGACACUUUUGUUUACAGUGUAUCUGUUAUAUUCUGUUGUAUGGUGGGUUGAUAUACACAGUGGUAAAACAAAAGUAAAUUGUUUAAAAUAUAGUGAAAAAUGUUACCAUGUCUUCCCAUUUAACUUCUUUUUGGUAUAUUGGGUUUAGAUUUUCUGACAUCAGAACCUGGACUUUGAAAAACAAAGAAGUUUCCUCAUUUUCUCUUAAUUAAAAAAAAAAAAAUCCUUGUGACUCUUAAAAUUUGCACAAUAUUUCUUUUGUUGUACUUUAUAUCUUGUUUACAAUAAAGCAUUUCUUUAGUAUA